AUGUCGAGCUCCAGUCCAAGGAGAAAAGUGUCGAUGGAUCUCAGGCGAAUCAAGAACUUUCCUUCUUCCUUGUCUCUACGCAAGCCGGACCAAGACGCAUCUCAACAAUCCGAUACCAUACCAUCUAGUAACACCUUCUCUAGGUUGAGCAACUUGGCUCGCAGCUCGAACGGUUCAGAGCAGGCAGACUCGAGAACCUCGAAACGAACCUCGAGGCUGCUCCAUGCUUUCAAGCCCUCUCGAAAGCCAGUGCCUUCCUUUGAAGUGGUCCGCAAACCUCCCAAUCGCAGCACCACCUCGUUUCACUCUUCCACCAAUCAGCCAUCUCCACAAGUCGAGAUCCUGCGACCCGUCAGCCGUCUUUCGAUUCACAACCCUCCAGAUGCCCCCACCGAGCCUGCUCCUAGAAUUUCCUUGUCAGCACCUCAUCCGGAUCCAUUGCCGCAGCUGACGCUUUCCAACACGGAUGCUCUUUUGACCGAGCAAUCCCAGAAUGCACUCAACACUCGUUCGCAAUACCCACCUUCCACCACAAGAACUCGCAGACUCAGCAGCAACCCCACCGCCGGAAACUCCACCCGCCGCACCUCGGAUUCCUACCUCAACCUUGGCUCCGCUUCUCACUCACGCGCACAGUCUCCUUCAGCAAGUCCCAAUGUAGACGGCGUCAACAGCAGUUUCAGUCUGCACUCUUUCCGCAAUGUCCGUUCCACCAGCGAUGUCUCCAAUGCCCACGACCCGAGCACGCAAACGCAUUCCAGGGUCCACAGCAUCGUCUCCUUGGACGAAUACGUGACUCCUCGAGAAGAGAUACCCGAGCCUCGUUAUUUCCACGACACCAAGCCCGCGCCAACUCUGGCCACCACUGGGGCUCAGACCAACUUGUCCGAUGCGAACAGAGCUCAGUCUACCAGUCCCAGUCCUAUCAGUAACGCCAAGCCAGCCAGCAUCUCCGCUGCCAAAUUCCGCCAAGCCGCAAGACAGCGAGGCGAAAGCGGCACUAUACCCACUAUCGACACGAUCCAAGGUGGAUCAGGUUUCAUUCGACCGCCAAGAUCCAGGACACCUUCGCAAGACUUGGCUGCUAUGGAAGCUGUGUUGGCGCAGACGCACACACGCAACUACCGCCCUACCGAUCCUGAACGUCGAAAGAGCGCCGACCCUGUAUCAUUGACUGCUGCUGCUUCAGCUGCCAACAUCAACAAGGACGAUUCGCAGCCUCGAAAGCGCGGUUUCUUCAUUGUUGUCGAGGGACUGGAUCGAGCAGGUAAGAGCACACAGGUCGACAGGCUUGCCGAGCAUCUUCAAGCCAAAGCAAUCAAAUUCCCUGAAAGGACCACUGCUAUUGGUCAGAUGAUCAACUCCUACCUUGCCCAAACAAGCGAUCUUGACGAUCAGGCCAUUCACCUCCUCUUCUCCGCCAACCGUUGGGAAUGCGUCGCUUCGAUCAAAAACACGCUCGAGGCAGGCGAGAGCAUCGUUUGCGAUCGAUACGCUUUCUCGGGCAUUGCCUAUUCUGUCGCUAAAGGUCUAUCCUAUGAUUGGUCUCGCAACCCCGAUGUUGGACUCCCACUUCCAGAUCUUACCAUGUUCCUCGAUCUCGAUGCACAGACGGCGGCAGCUAGAGGUGGGUAUGGAGAGGAGAGGUACGAAAAGCUAGAGUUCCAGGCCAAAGUUCGUGAAGCUUUCACUCGGGUUUCGCAAGAUGUCAAGUCGCAUGGCGCAAGAUGGGUCACUAUUGACGCAAGCAAGACUCUGGAUCAGGUUACAGACGAUAUUCAGAAGGCAGUGCAGAGAGUCACCUCGUCGAUUGAUCGGGUUGGAGCAAAGCUAGGCAAACUCUUCGUCUCCGAAAGGCCUGCUAAUCAGCGUGCAACUUGUAGCAGCGAGCUCUUCCCACCCGUCGCUGUCAUCCCAAACGUGAAGAGAUGCUCGUUGUCCUCAGAAGACUCUGGGCCAAGAGGCAAUUCAUUCGACCAGCCUCGCAUUCAGGUCAACCCAGCCAACACCAACGGAACUUUCCCUGCUUCUCAUCCCUCUGGCUCGCCUCUCAGCUACACGGAACAACUCGCAACAGUGAGAUCCGCUGCAGCCGGAACGCUUUCUGGCUUGUUCGGCGGAUCAAAUGCGGCACUGGACCAACAGAACCCUUCUGCGCAACCUGAGGCAGAUGGACCUUCGUCUGUCAAUGCAGCUCGUGGGCAAGGUUUCGACUCUGCUCGUGUGCUUGGCAAGCAUACCGAUGGCAACGGCAGGCGGCGAACUUUGAUCGAUGUGAUUGGAGAGCUCGAAAAGCAGCAACCAGGAUCACAGCAAACUGCAUGGUCUGAUCACCGUCGAUCAUUUUCAGCUGCAGCCGAGUCUGUCUCGCCCACCACUACGCAGUUCCCGGCAGAUGGCUAUCCUUCAUCGCUUGCUCAAGGAGGACGAGUGCGACUCAGCACAGACCAGGGCCGCGUAUCUCAGCUACCGACGAUUGCAAGUAGUGGAGCCCAACCGAACAUGGUGCCUCGCCAAACUUGUUUAACAGUGCAAUCUGGCAGCAACGCUCACCCUGAAGGUGCAUCCCUCUCUUCGCCUACAACACCAGCGAUUGGAGCAGACCGACCUCUUGCAUCCCCCUUGGGCAUGCGUGCAGCCUCCUUUUCCUCCGCAGACCCUCGAGCCUCGAUCGUCUCUCCCGCCGCACGCACGGCCUCGCCCGCCAUCACGAACUCAUCACGCAGUUCCAUCGCCAUGGCACCACCCAUCACUCGUUCAGCCAGUGCCGCCCCUGCUACUUCUACAGACUACGUAUACCCGACACCCUCCUUCUCCGCCCCUGUACCUCCUCCUCCUAGCAAAGCCAACAUCUCGGACCCGAACAGUCUUCUCAACGCCCAGCACCUCUCCAUGCUAAACGCACAACAAGGUCAAGCAGAAUUACAAGAACAAUACAUGCGAAAUUACAUGGCCAUCAUGGCCAACCCCAUGCUAGCACAACAAGCGCACUAUCAGAUGAUGCUACAACGACAUCAACAGCAGUAUUAUGGAAGAGCGGCGAGUGCUAUUGGUGUAAGCAAUAUGGGUGCGAACGCGGGUGCGAAUGGGAAUGGGGUUCAACCCGGUAGUGGGCCUCCGUUGGCUGCUUUCAUGCAGCCCACUUCUAAAGCAGUACCUUCACAGACGAAUGAAGCGAGCAAGGUUGAUGGUUCGAGAACAUCGACGAAUGUACAGAGAGAGAGAAUGAGGUCUACUCACAAACAGACUCUUUCAUCGGGGUCGUUGUUGGAAAACACAAUGCCGGUUUCAAAUGCUCCAUCUCGAGUAUCAGCACCAGCAAGUUCACAGCAACCAAUGUUGUCAAUGAUGAUGGCUCCUCCUCCAGCUUGCCAUGGUAGCGUGUCUGCUGCUGGGUCACCAAGAAGGGCUAGUUUGUCACAACAGUACUAUGAACCACCACAGCAGAUGUAUGGUCAACCGAUGUUUUGUCCGAAUGCAGGAGGACAACAGGCGUUUGUACCGGGGAUCGGUGGUGGCCGUUGGCCUGGAGCACGUUCUGCUGCACAGAUGGCAGGUGCAUUUGCUGGUAGAUCUGUUUAUCCUUCGACGACAAGAUCAGAGAUUGCAACUCCAUCGGCUGGAUUGAGGACGCAGAGGAGUAAAGAUGAUGGUUUGAGCCGGUUGCAACAGCAACAGCAGCCAUAG